AUGUCACACGACCCUACGCCCAACGAUCAGGAGGUCACGAUAGGUAUCCCCUAUUUAUCACCUACCUUAAAUGAAACAACAGCAGUUACUAGAAACAUCAGAAAAAACAAUAAGACCCAACAAAAAAAUACGAAAACAAAUGAAAAAGAACAAAAAAAUGAAGCAGGAAACAAUACACCAUCAACCGCGCUAGGCAUAAUGGAUAUAGACCAGGACAAAACAAAAAACGGCACAACAGGAAAAAAAAGGAGUGCACCAAUUUCCCCCGGAAUAGGAACAAGCGAGGCCUUAGACACAUUGAAACUAACAAAUAAAGAACAUUUGAAUGAACAACAAAUGGAAUUUAUCACCAAAUUCAACAAAUAUCAGAAACAAAUAGAAUGUAGCAAAUGCAAAGGUACAUGGUUAAACAUUGACAGAAUCGAUCAUAUCGAAAUCAAAGACGAAGAAUAUGCAGAGAUUGUUUUAUUAUGCAAAAAAUGUACAAAGAAAUUUACAACGGCAGAGGUACAAGAAUUAAUCACUAAAGUAACAAAAGAAAAGAAAAGACAGAUAGGAGAUACAAGAGUUACAACAAAUGACAAGAAAAAAACAGGUGAAGUAAAGUAUACAGCAGACGUAGAAGCUGUUAUGGAACAAUAUGAACGAGCAAGAGAAAAAAUAUCAUGCAACAAAUGCGGAACAAUUGGAACUAUACAAAAAAAUGGAAGAAACCAAGGAAAGCCACCAAAACCACAAUACAAAUGUAAACAAUGCGAAAAAGGAACAACAUUUGCUGAGAUGAAAACUAUUUUGAAGUAUGAAACAACAAAAAAAAACGAAGAGCAGAUGCAAACAGAUACAGAAGAAAAAAGUGAUUUUGAAGAUGACGACGAAAAUGAUGUGCCAGAUAUCGCAGACACAGAAAUGGAACAAGACGAAGAACUAGCAGGAGAAAUAAAUGUCUGGAACGAAAUGAAGCUACUAAAAAAAAGAUUAGAAAAAACAGAAAAAGAAACAAAAAAAAUGCAGGAGCUUAUUAGGGAGAACAUCAACCUGAAAAAAGAAAAUAUUGAACUAAAAAAGAAAAUGCGAGAAAUGGAAGAAGAAAAUGAAACAGAAGAGUACAAUGAAACAAAUAACAACAACAACAACUAUCAAGAAGAAAACUUAAAUCAAAGUAAAAUUCAGGACAGCAACACAAACUCACAUAACGAGUUCCCAUACUUAAAAGCAACAAAAAGCAAUAUAGCACAACAACAAAACAACAACAACAACAAUUGGACCAAAAGAAGAAAAAAUCAAUUUUUUCGACAAAACAACCCAACCAAGAAACAAUUGGAAAUAGCAACAAGAACAUUCGAGGAAAAAAAAGAAGACAACAACUUCAUAAACAUACAUAUACCGUGCAAAAGACGAAUGAAACCAUCCGAAAUUAGAAAAAAACUAGCCUACGUUGGAAUCGACAACAUACAAGUACUUGAUACAUACUGUCCCGAUUGGGAUACAGUACUACUAUUAAUACACGAAAAAUAUAAAGACACAGCAGAAAAAAAAUUGGAACAGGCGGGUAUAUUCACAAAGGAAUAUAACUACCUACAUAUCUCACAUUUAAGAGACAGCAAAUUAGCAGGACUAUCGACAGAAGAAAAAGUAGCAAAACUGCAGCAAAUUAGGAACAACUGUUCAAUGAGAGCAUUAGAAUUUAUUAGAGAGCCGGUAAAAAAAUCAGUAGCAAGAUGCUUUUACCGUCAAAACAUUAUUAGCGAAGACCAAUUGAAACAAAUAUUGACAGGAAGAAAUACGAACGAAGCAAUGGACAUUUUUCAAGAACCAGCAACAGAAGAACAACCAAUCGGAGGUAAUCCGGAAGCAUCUCAAAAAACAACAGCAACAAAUUAA